GGAUCGAUGUACCAUCUAACGCUAGGUCAGCAUGUGUGCAAGUCGAGGAAAUAAAGUCACUCUCUGCUAUCCUAAUGAUCCUCGGCGACUUGGACAGAGUGUAUCCAGCCACGAGUCCAGGACCUAGCGGUUGUGGAGAAAGUCGCGUAGCUCGUUUGGCACAGAUUCCUUAAUAGUGGUAUGGGAAAAGAAACCGUCCGUUCGCAAAUGGCCGUAUCAGUCACUGUCGAAUGUGAUCUUAUGCAUGUUGUUUGCACUGACAAGGCUACCAAUCAUAUGGACCAACGCCCACAAGUUGGACAUUCUGUUCAAUGGCUAUCCUUUCCUGCUCGAUGAUAUCGAUCUUGAACAGCGCACGCGACAUGCAUACCGACUCCCAUCACGAUGGUUUGCUGAAUCUUCUCUAUCACCCAGAAGGAGACGACGGAUCGCCCGUAUCAGAGAUCAAAUUCGUCUCGGGGCGCCAGCACAAGUGGCUUCUGAAUGUUUCGAAGCUAAUUUGGUCAGUGCUGACCAUCUGGGAUAUCACGGGUACGCAAAUGUGCUCGGAAUGGUCGCCAAAGGGGCGAUAUUCACAGGAGUUAAGCUGAACGAUGAUCCAGACUCUGAAGCCAGUGUGGUGGUUUCAUUAAAUUCGUCCUUCUGCACUUGGACGACACUGGGAUGCAACAGGAAAUCAGGUCUAUCGACAUUGACCUCCGGCCCGUCAACCUUACGGUGGACGUGCUAGCUCUUGCAGACGACACCUCCGUACGCUCAUCCCACAACUGGAAGACAGGCGAGCAAACGUACCUUGACACGCCGCCUGACCAUUGUAUAUCCAAAUCGUGCUCACCCCGUCCGCUGUCCUCGUAGUGCCUGCCC